CAUUUUAAUAUCUGUUGUUCUUUUUAAAGCUUGGGUUUGUAGUUCGGAUGGCAUCUGCAUCUAGCCAGCCUCAGUUUCGAUACACACAGCCUCCAUCAAAGGUCCUUCAUUUGAGAAACUUACCAUGGGAGUGCACAGAGGAGGAGCUGAUCGAAUUGGGAAAACCUUUUGGUAGAGUUGUGAAUACCAAGUGUAAUGUAGGAGCAAACCGAAAUCAAGCAUUUAUAGAGUUUGCAGAAUUAAAUCAAGCCAUUGCAAUGAUAUCGUACUAUGCCUCUUCCUCAGAACCAGCUCAGGUACGGGGGAAAACCGUCUACCUACAAUAUUCCAACAGGCAAGAGAUAGUGAAUAACAAAACUACAGCAGACGUAGCUGGAAAUGUGUUGUUGGUUACAAUUGAGGGAAAUGAUGCUCGCCUUGUCAGCAUUGAUGUUUUACACUUGGUAUUUUCAGCUUUUGGAUUCGUGCAUAAGAUAACAACAUUUGAGAAGACUGCAGGAUUCCAGGCUCUGGUGCAAUUUUCUGAUGCAGAAACCGCUACUUCAGCAAAGGAUGCCCUGGAUGGAAGAAGCAUUCCCAGCUACUUGAUUCCGGAACUGGGACCAUGUACCCUUAAAAUCACAUAUUCUGCCCAUACAGAUCUGAGUGUGAAGUUUCAGAGUCAUCGUAGCAGGGACUACACCAAUUCUCUUCUUCCUGUUGCUUCCUCAGCCAUAGAUUCAAGUGGUCAGUUCAGUUUGGGUCUGGAUGGGAAGAAACUGGAACCUGAGAGUAAUGUUCUUCUUGCUUCCAUUGAGAACAUGCAGUAUGCAGUAACCUUGGAUGUCCUAUACACGGUUUUCUCAGCUUUUGGUCCUGUCCUAAAGAUUGCUAUGUUUGAUAAGAAUGGAGGGCUUCAGGCUCUGAUACAAUAUCCAGAUGUGCGAACAGCUGCUGUUGCGAAGGAAGCUUUGGAAGGACAUUCCAUAUAUCAAGGUGGAUAUUGCAUGCUUCAUAUCUCUUACUCUCGACACACAGAUCUUAGUAUAAAGAUUAAUAAUGAUCGCGGCAGAGAUUACACAAUCCCAAAUAUUCCAAUGAAUUCUCAACCUUCAAUCAUGGGGCAGCAGCCGCCUCAGAUGGGAGGUCCAGGUGUUCAUCCAUAUGGUGCCCCUUCCCAGUACACGCCAGCUCCGCCUCAGCAUUCUGCAGGCUGGAACUCGGCCCCUGUCACUGCAGCUCCAUCAAUGCCUAUGCAGAUGCAUAAUCACCCUUACAUGCCAGCUGCUAGUAUGCCUUCUCAAAUGGGUCCUGGGAUGAUGCCAAUGCAUGGACAGAACGUCAUGCCACAUUCUACUUCAAUGCCUCCUUAUCAUCCACAGUAUCACUAGUGUGAAACAAGUUUUGCCUAUUAG